AUGUGCGGGGGCAGUGUGUGGUGUCUCCGUGCCCCGGGACACCUCCGUGCCCUGAGCUGCCCCGCCCGAGCGCCCCAGCAUACCUCCCUUUCUCGGGAUACCUCCUUUUCCUGGGAUACCUCCCUUUCCCGGGAUACCUCGGUGCUGUCUCCGCCCCGGAAGGCGGCGGUCGCGCCAAUCGGCGGGGCUGUUGCUGGGCGCGCGGGCGGCGGGGUGCACAUCCCGCCGCGGUACCGGCAGUUCCCGGAGCUGACGCGGGCGCAGGUGAUUCGAGGCGAGAUCCUCAGCGGCUUCCUGUGGUUCUGGAUCUUCUGGCACUUCUGGCACAACUCGGACAUGGUGCUGGGACACUUCCCGUAUCCCGACGCUUCGGCCUGGACGGACGAGGAGCUCGGGAUCCCUCCGGACGAUGAGGAAUAGCAGCACACCGCUCUAAACCAACAGCUUCACCUACUGCUGAAGGCAGCGUUGAGGAGGUCCUUAGGCUCAACUUGGUGGGAAAAGGAUGAGCGAAAAGGUUCUCAGGUUUCUCUUCUGUUACUUUCAGGUUCCUGGAACUAAUUGAGACCCCUGGAACCAAAUCUUUGGCUCCUGGGUCCUUCUGUCAAUAAAACUGUAAACAAAGUCUAAGCUGAA